GUUGCGCCUGGAUCGGGAGCGGAGCGAUAUUUGAGGCGCAGGGAGGGGUUGGCUGCAGCCGGCAGGAAUUCUUUGCUUUCCCCAGGGGGAUGCAGCCAGCUGAGGGUUUUCUCCUCCUUGUUAUUACAAAGUGGGUUUGGAGUUUGGGUUGCGGAUGGUGGUGAGCUACAGGGCUGCACACUGGGACCCCAUAGGUCACUACCACUCAUUUUCUUGGAGUUUUUUUGUCUGACCCCAAAGUCCCCCCAUACCAUAGCAUGGUCACGUCCCUCUGUCCAGCAGCAGCAGGGACAGAUCCAUUUCCUUCUCUUGGUUUCCUUCCUCUUUGCACACUCGAAACCCUUGGCUGCGGAGAGCGGCUCUGCAGGUGCCAUGCAAACCUCCCCAUGGUGUCCCAUGCGCUGGUUUUGUCCCCAAGCAGCCACGGUGAUGCACAGAGCACCCCAGGUGUCACCCUCAGAUGGGAUGCAAAUCCUGCCAGUUUGCGGCGUUGCACCCCAGUGCAGCGGGGACAGCUCCCACCAUGGGGUCGUUGUGUUUCCAGCCGUGCUGUGCAGCUGGCUCGCUGGCACCGUGCCGUGCAGAGGCUCCCUGCGACGUGCAGGGAAUUGGGAUACAUCCUCACGAGGGAUGCUCAUCACAUAGUCCUCAUUGCAGCACUCAGACCUUGUCCCACGCCCAGCGAGGGGUGCUGCGCGGCAUGGGGCUGGUGAUUUUCCUUGUGCUUAGCCCUGGGAUGAGCAUCUUGUUUUGAGGUCCAGCACCAUUUCUGGGCAGAGUGGGAUGUGCAGGCUGUGACCCCACACUGCUGUGUCCCUGCACUGCUUUCAUGGACCAUCCCGUCCCAACCCAACGUGCGCAGUGCUGCCCAGAAAAACACUGACUCAUGCUGUUAUUCUGUCCCACCCUGGGCACAGCCGGCUUUUUAAGGCUGCCUUUUCCAGUUAUUCCUUUUUUAUCUGCCUGUUUGCGACGCAGCCUCGCUAGCGGUCCCGGCACCCAAGCACCGUGGAUGCAGGGCAUCGCCAUCUGGAGAGGCUGGGACUGGCCAGGCAGUGAUUUGUGCACCAAUCAUGGUGCUUUCCAAUUUAUCUGAUUACUCUGAUGACUCUGAGAUCUAUGACUACAUGGAUUACACCUAUGAAGAGCCAGGCAGCGUGUGGACGGGCCCGUCCUACGACCCAAAGGACAUUGCAAGGAUCCUCUCCGUUGUCAUCUACAGCGUGUCCUGCGUGCUGGGCGUCCUGGGGAACGGCCUUGUCAUAGCCAUCAUCACUCUGAAGAUGAAGAAGUCGGUCAAUGCCAUUUGGUUCCUCAACCUGGCCGUCGCCGACUUCCUCUUCAACAUCUUCCUACCCAUAAACAUUGCUUACACGGCCAUGCGCUACAACUGGAUCUUUGGGACCGUCAUGUGCAAGCUGAACUCCUUCCUCCUCAUCCUCAACAUGUACACCAGCGUCCUUCUGCUCACCACCAUCAGCUUUGAUCGCUACGUGUCGGUGGUUUUCCCCGUCUGGUCUCAAAACCAUCGGUCAACCAACCUGGCAUGUAUGGUUUGCCUGAUCAUCUGGAUGGUUGGUAUCAUCAUGAGCUGCCCUUCUCUUGUCUUCCGAGACACAGCCCAAGCCCGCAACUCUAUCAUUUGUUUCAGCAACUUCUCCCUUUCCAGGAAUAGGUCUUACCAAGCACUGGCACUGGUGAGACACCGAACGGUGAACGUCACAAGGCUCUUUGCUGGGUUCCUCCUGCCCAUCACCAUCAUCACUUUCUGCUAUAUCUCCAUCGCCUUCAACCUGCGGCGAAACCGCCUCGCCAAGUCCAAAAAGCCCUUCAAGAUAAUUGUCACCAUCAUCAUCACCUUCUUCCUGUGCUGGAGCCCCUACCACGUGCUGAACAUCCUGGAAACAGAGCCCGACCUGGUCCCGCGCUCUGUGUUUGAAAUCGGCAUCCCCAUCACCACGGCGCUCGCUGCCUCCAACAGCUGCAUGAACCCUGUCCUCUACGUCUUCAUGGGCCAGGACUUCAAGAAAUUCAAGGUGACCAUCCUUUCCAGGCUGGUGAACGCGCUCAGCGAGGAGACGGGCCACUCCAGCAUCGUGCACAGGAGCUUCUCCAAGAUGUCUUCCAUGACUGAGAAGGAGACAACUGUCCUCUAAGUCUGGAUGUUCGUGGGAUGGCCACAGUCCUCAAGGGGCACCCAUGUCCAGAACCAUGAUGGUGGAAUGAGUAUGGUCCCAUGCAGGCAGCGCAUUCUUUGACUGGUCUCCCUGCCUGGGCAUGGACAUGCAUUGGAGACCUCUCUGUGUGUGGCCUGUGCUCCUUGGCCAGGGCCCUCCUUCAUUUUCCAGAGACAUCUGCAGCUUGGAGGAGACGUGAGCAUCAGUCUGUGCUGCCCAGAGGUGCCCACGCUUGGACAAACUGUCUCAGCUGGAGGGGGCGAGGCCGGGUUAUAGGAUGCGCUGUGAGGACACCAUGUACUGGGCAGUCUUGUGAUAAAGGAAAACAAGCAAACAAACAAACAAAAACAUCAGUGAGGGAAAACAGGUGAAUUUCUUAGUACGAGAUGUGUCUGAGGGGGCACCUUGGCUUCCCAGAUGGGCGGAUGCCACCCACCAUGGCAAUACAGUGACGCUGUGUCCUAUGUAUGCAUGUAGCCACUUAUGUUAAAUCCUGACAUAUAUUGGUACUAGAGCAAUGUU